GCCUAAUUGCGUAUACAAAACCAAGCAAAAAUAUUAGCAAUAAAAGAAGUUGAUCAAGAAAAUAAAAUAUUGCUAACGAGUUUAAACUCUAUCGAUGAUGAUAAUACACAUGAGUUUAUUCGAUCUGAACAAGCAAGAAUCAUCCAUAAAAGAAGAGAGAAACAACAACCUCCUAUUACACCAAAUUUCUAUAGAGCAUAUUUUGGUGAUCUUGGAGGUUCGGGAUCAAACCUACCCGAUUAUUAAUAUCAGUGUAUGGAUUAUAAUUUGUAUAAUAUAUAUGUGCAAUAUUUAUUGUAAAUUUUUAAUCUUGUAAUUUUGAUCUUUUAACUUGUAAUAUAUUAUUCAAUGUAAUAUAAUUUUUCUGUGAAAUAAUAAAUAUAUUUUAUGUAAUAUUAUUUUUUAUUAAUUUUAUUUUAGUUUUAACAUCUUUAUAUAUUUUAUGUAUUAAUAAUAUAUAUAUAUAUAUCUGUAUAUAUAAGAUAUAUUUGAAAAUUUAAGCGAAAUAUAGUUAUAAGGAUUAAAGUGAUAAAGAAAAUUAAUGCUAGUACAAAUAUAUAUGAAUUACAAAUUUAUAUGGACUAAAAGUAAAUAGUGUUUUGAAGACCUAAAUAGUAAAACUUCAAAUUCAGACCCUCAAAAUUUGAAGGUUUAAGAGUCUGUUAAAGAGCCAAAAAUUUCAAAAUUUGAGAGUUUGGGGAUCUGUUGGAGAUACUCUUAUAUGUUACAAGAUAGUGUUCACUAAUUUACAUAUCAGUACCCGAAUGUUUCGUAUUUACAUAAUAGGACCUCUAUUUCCCAAUAAAAAGUUGAUUUUUUGAGAAUCCAAUAACCUACAGGAUAAUUCUUUCUUCAUUAGUCAAAUUUGGAUAGGUGGCAAAUUUUCCUCUUAACUUCACUGAUUGUUUUUUUUUUAAUAAAAAAGUUGGAAAUGAAAUCAGGAGCGUGAAACAUUUGAUUUAGGGGAGAAGGAAGAGGAUUAGGGUUUAGGCAUCUCUCCGACAUGGUUGGUGUAGCAGAAACUUCAGACGAAGUCAAUGGGUCGAGCAGCAGCAUUCCCUCCUCACAAAAGAGAAAACGCUCCUCAGUAUCUUCUUCUGGUGACGGCGCGAAGAAACGCUCGCUGAUGCUCUUGGAUUCCGAUCUUCUCGACUGUCCCAUUUGCUACGAACCUUUGACAGUUCCCAUCUUCCAGUGUGAUAAUGGACACUUAGCUUGCUCUUCUUGCUGUCCCAAAUUGAGUAAUAAAUGCCAUGCCUGUGCUUCCCCCAUUGGUGACAAAAGAUGUAGAGCGAUGGAGAAUGUUCUUGAAUCCAUUUUCACCCCAUGCCCAAACGCCAAGAUGGGUUGUACAAAGAAUGUCUCUUACGGGAAAGAAUCAACGCAUCUAAAACAAUGCAGCUUCUCUCUUUGCUCCUGCCCUGUAGUCAACUGCCGUUACGCUGGAUCAUACAAGAAUCUCUCCGACCACUACUGUCUUACCCACCCGGAUAGUGAAUGUUCAGAUUGUUUCAUUUGUGGACUCUCCUUCACCGUGCAGACGAACAUCAGCGAUAAGAUAUUAGUUUUGUGGGAAUAUAAGAAGCAUCUGUUGUUUACGGUGGAGUGUUUCGCGGAGCCGUAUGGUGUUAAUGUUGCCGUAAGCUGCAUCGCACCGUGUGCUCCGGAAGUAGGAGAAUUCUCAUACAAUCUCUCGUACACUGUGGAUGGACACACCGUGACUUACGAAUCACCAGACGUGAAGAGGGUUCUUCAAGUGAGCGGUCAAACCCCUCAAGAGAAUUUCAUGUUGAUCCCUAACAGUUUAUUGCGUGGUGAUUUGUUGAAGAUGAAGCUUUGCAUCAAAUCAAGAAGCUGAACAACCGAGCAAGAAGAGUGGGGUCAUAUAGAAGAAGGUCCUUCUAUCUUUUAUAGUGAAUGAACUAGUAAAAUCUAUCCAUGCACCCCAAACUGGCGUUAAUAUGCAUGUUUUGGCAUAUGAUAUAUAUAUAACUAAGAUCUGUUCUAGGCAUAAACAUUUUUGGCUUUACAGAUUGGUUUAUUUAGUUUGAGAAAAGCGUUGGCCACA